CGCGGCCGAAAUCCCAGAGAUUGGAGAUUCUUCCGAGUGAGGACUCGGAACCCAUGUUCAGCCAGUGAUUCGAAUCCAUUCCAGCGAAACAACCAUGGUCUCGUCGAAAAGAAAUCUGACAGCCCGUGGCAAGUUUAUUUUCUCCCGAGCUUUGGAGAAACUGGAUAACAGACCCCCGACAGUUCAAGAACUCCCUACCUACGAAAUGUGCGACGCCACGGUCUACCGGAAAACAGUCAGUGAUCUCGUUGUUGAGCAGAUGCGCACAAUGGGAUACAAGGUUGUACCUCCCCCUCAAUGGGAGACCGAGCUGGAAGCCCUAAGAGAUAUAGUGAACAGGUUCAAGCACAAUCCCGUAAGCCAAGCCGCUUUCAACCGAUCUAUUAAACAAGCGAGAGAUCUUCUGGACCAGCUGAAGUCUGGUGUCGACAAGGAAAAAUCUGACGAGGAAUGGGAGGAUGUGGACACGUCCGUUUCUUCGAUAAGAUCAGUCUCUUCCUGCAAGGGAGCUGCCAGGAAAUCAGUCAUGCUCAAUGCGAAGAAGAGUCUCAAGCAGAUGAUGCAGGAGAGUGCUAAGAAGUCGACGAAAUUAGAUCGAAGCAAGUCAACGAGGACGCUUAAGAACACAUCGGCGAAUGACACGCAAACCAGCAAGGGCGAUAAGAAACCCCGGGCUCUGAAGCGGCAAGCGAGCUCGGUUGUCGCUUCGGAGGCGAAAAAAGACAAGAAAAACAGUACUCACGAAAUGGAUAAAACUGAAUUUGCAAGGUCACAGAAUCAUCGCGUUCAAAUGGUAAAAGAACGCAAAGAAAUCAAGGACAAGGAACGGAACGAUCAGAUUCGAGCUAAGCUGCAGCAGAAACAACAGACUUUAAAAGAAAAAGAGAAAAAAGACUCCGAAAACCGCCAAGAUCUCGACGCAGAAGACUUCGGUGACGAAUCCGAAAACGAGCAAGGCCGUGCCGGCAGCGCCUUCCGCCCAGGCAACGGAUGUCAAGAAGGCAUCCCUCUCGACGAUCUGCGACACGGAGGACUCGCAAAGCAAGCGAUGUUCCAGAGCAUACUUGCCGCUGGUGAGGACGCUCAGAACGUGACGAAGAUCAAUUCUACUUUCUUGCCGGGAGUAACGAGUAAGCCGGAUUUCGACGCUUCUCUGGCGAUGAACAGAAAGGAAGAUACAUUCACGGUCGACGCGGUACCGAACGCGACGUACGUCUCGAAGCCCGGUUUCGUUCUCUCUCCGUCGAGAAUGAACCAGUUGAAGGAGGCGGGUAACUCUGAAGGGUUCGUUGACAGUUUCAACGAAACGUUCAGAGAUUACGGGCUUGAGGAUCUCUGUUCGGAUUCAGACAACACCGACGAUGAGAGCGCGCCCACCAAACCUGUUCCAAAGUGGGCAGAACUGAAAACUUCCCGCUUCAAGAACAAAGUCAAGGAGCAACGUAUGCUAGGUCAAGAUAUCGAAAAGUACGGCCUCUUGGAAAUCUACGUGCCGCCAUUCGUCGAUCUUGAGAUGAUUUUCGAGCGGAAGAGCAAACGCUUCGAUCGCCACAACGCGUCGUCAGGCCUGUGGAACGACACCCAGGACUUCAUUCGACAAUGAGUCCCUCUCAGCCCCCCGCACUUAUCCACUCGUUGUAUUUGUCUGUUUCUCUAUCUACUCAUCUGUCUCAAUCAAGUCGUUGCUUUACGUCAAAUGAAUGGGACCGUACAAUAAAAGCACGAAGAAUGUGCUUGAUGAAAUCCUU